AUGCCAAAACUUCAUCAAAAAUUAAGGCUAAUUCAACAGGCCCGUCUAAUCAAAAAAGAGAAAAAUUAUGAUCCAAUUGAAAAAGAAAAUAGUUCACCUAUAGAUCUUGACAAGUCAUUUCUAGUAACCAAUGAUUCCUUAUCCAGAGAUGAUUAUGUUUCUCUAUCCCAAGAUGUCUUUGAUUCAACUUUCCAAAAUGCAUCAAAUGUUUACCCCCAAGAUAUUUUAGAUCACUCAUCUGUUAAUACUAUAGAUCAAACUAAUAUGGCAGAACUUAGUACUAAGGCAAAGCAAAUUAGAAUUGAAUUAAUUAAUAAAAUAAAUGAUUUAGAUGAAAAAGAAUUAAUUGCUUGCUCCCAAUUGUUUGAAAACAUGCAAUAUCCAAAUGGUACACAUCAAGGAUGUAUGCUUACUUCAGAGAAACUAAAAGAUGUUCGUGCUCAACAGCAUAGAAUUACUCCCAAUCCAAUAAAUUUGAACUUUGGUGAGGAGGCAACCAAAAAUAUAUUAAAACAUAUACUAAAAAAUAAAUAA